ACACCAAAAUCCUUUAUAACAAGCAACGUACUCUGAAGUUCACAUGACCAAAAAAACUCCUAUAAUAACAUAGCCAUAUAACAUUAUGAGCUUCUUAAGAGGGUUUUCUAUGAUAUUCCUCCUAGGGGUUGUAGUGACCUCCUUCUUUGAUGAUAAUGUUUAUGCUCAUGAAUAUCCACACCCAAUACAUCUCCUCAUGCCCCAUUCUGGCUCGGCAGGCCACCGAAUCAAAGGCCUAAAUUGCUUGAGUUGGCGGCUGGCCGUGGAGACGAACAAUCUCCGAGAUUGGAUGCUCUCGGAAGAAUGUCAGGGUUAUGUAGGACACUACAUGAUGGGUGCUCAAUAUCAUAAAGAUUGUUUGGCUGUUACUUCUGCUGCUUAUGGCUAUCUUAAAAGCCUAUCACUUAAAAAUGGUCGUAACAACACUUGGAUAUUUGACAUUGAUGAGACUUCCCUCUCUAAUUUGCCCUACUAUGCUAGGCCAGAAGUUGGAUUUGGAAUAUACCCAUACAAUGCUUCAGCAUUCUAUGAAUGGCAAAAGGAAGCAAUUGCACCAGCAAUACCCGCAGUGCUAAGCUUCUACAACAAAUUAGUUCGGCUUGGUGUCAAAGUUGUUUUCCUUUCAGGAGCUCAAGCCGAGUUAAGAGAGCCCAAAGAGCGCAACAUGAAGAACAUUGGCUAUCAUACUUGGGAAAAGAUGAUCUUAAAGAAAUCAAGUGAGUCACACAUGAAAGCAGUGGAGUACAAAUCAAUGCAUAGGACAAAGCUAGAAAAGAUGGGAUACACUAUAAUUGGCAACAUGGGUGACCAGUGGAGCGAUCUAUUAGGAUCACACCCUGGCUUGAGGACCUUUAAGUUGCCUGACCCGAUGUACUACAUUGGCUAAUAUUACUUGUAACUUUAUGUUGAAAUAAAUAUGAUGGUUGAAAAACAUUCUAAUGUUACUAUCUUAGCUAUGAUCUCAUUGUCCAUUCCAAUAAAUAUAUAUCUAAACAUCUUUGGUUAUUUA